AUGGGUUGGCAUGACUUUGUGAUUGGGUUAUUCGCGUUCUUCAUUGUGCUCAAUACGAUCACAAUCGGCCUUCGAGUGUAUAUACGCACUAAGCUCACCAAAGGAGCGUUUGGCUGGGAUGAUAUUGCCCUCAUCUUCACACAUGUGGGAAUGGUUCUCUUUGUUGGGCUGGCAUUACAGUCAUUGCAUUAUGGACUAUUCGACAGAGACCAAAAGCCGUGGUACGACAAGCCGAAAGCCAAUUUACACUACUAUGGAAUGGGCGUCGUCUGCCUCGUGAUCUCCGGGACUGUCAAGAUUAGCGUUGCGCUCGUUCUCUAUCGCCUUGAUACCCGUCCAUUCAUUCGUGCUAUCAUCAUUUUUGAUAUCGCUACAUGCUGCGUUUGGACCAUCGCCACUACACUCCUAGACUCCCUCUUUUGUUGGCCAGGGGAUCCGUAUUACGGUGUUAUCGACACAACAACAUGUAACAACAUCACAUAUGCUCGAGAGUCUCUUUAUAUCAUUUAUGAUGUCUUUCAUAUCAUAUUGCCUAUUUUUAUCUUAUGGAAAGUUCAAAUCAGCAGGGUUUUGAAGUUGAGUGUUAUUGGCUUGUUCAGCAUUGGGAUUCUUGCUGCCAUCGCUGCUGCCAUGAAACUCAAAACCAUAUUUGACCCCGUUACUCCUCCAGGAGAUUUCGCAAGAGCGUACCGGGUCAUGAUAUGGUCUGCUGUGGAGCAUGGAUUAUCUAUUUUCGCCAGCUCCGUCCUCGCCCUCCGCCCACUGAUAAGGCUGAUCCCCAAAGGAUGGACGACUCUCUUGAGCAGCUUCUAUAGGAGCGGCAGCGCCAAGUCAUCAGGCCAGGGCAGCUUAGGAUAUACACCUAAAAGGUCGAACUGGUCUGACCCAACCGACUCGAACGAGCUUGGCAGUGUUGGUGUCCAGAAUGCGAUCUCCGUUCGCACCGAAUACAGGGUUGAUUGUUAUGUCUAG